AUACAUAAACAGAUUAUUUAAGAGCACAUACCUAAACAUUUAUUUUAUUCGUAAUAUGACUCAUCGAUAUUUUUUCUGUAUCCUUUUAAUCUCAACAAUCUCAUAAGAAGUUCAAAUAAAAUUGCAAAAACUUCAUCCAUAUCAUAAUUAUGUAUUUCUUCUUUAAGCAAUACACCUGUGUCGAACACCUGCACUUAGGAGGCAUACCUUUCUUAUUCAUAUUAAUUAUGCUGAACUCAUACUGAUUGACAAAUAAUGGAUUUUAAAGUAGUAUUAGUGGAAAAUGAAAUGUCCAAUGAAGUGUUAUGUUCUUCGGGAAUACUCUUCGGUAAACAAUAUAUUUUAGUGACGGGCAACAUUUUAUGGAAGUUAUUAAAUAAGGAAAUAAUACACCAAAUUAAACAAAACGUCCUAAAAGAUUGUCUGUCUAAUAUUAACAAGUCAAACCCAAAAAUAAACGUAAAAUGGAAAACCGGACAAACGAUAACAAUGAAGAGAGCUAAAAUCAUAAAAGUAAUAGUGAAUGAAGAUCUCCUAAACUCUAGCAAAAGUAUCUUUGAAGACUGGAAUAUCGACGACAUCAACAAUAAGAAUGAUGUGAACUUAAUGUUAUCGUUGCACUUUAUCUUAUCCCUAUCGGAAGAAUCAUCACAACUACAACUGGAACAAGCGUUGAAAUAUUGGUGGGAUGGGAGCUUGAGAGCAGAUAUUUACAAAGGAAUCAACAUUUGGUCCCUCUCGGUAUUAUUUGGUAAUAUAAACUUUAUAGAUUCGCAAUGUCGAGGUAUCAUUUCUAACGUUGUGGCUAAGAAUGAUUGUCUCAUUGUUAGCGAUAUACCAUCGACUCCAGGAAGUGAAGGAAGUCCUAUUUAUUCCAAUUCUAGUGAUGUCCCACUGGGUAUUAUUAUUUCUUCUUUAAACUGGUGGAAGAAGGAAUGGAUAGGAUGUACCCUAAUAACAGACAUACGAUCAAUCAUAAAACAAAUACUGUACCAAGAAACAUCCAUCAAACACGUAAAUUUACAAAAUUUCAAAGUCACAAUUAGUACAGAAUCUUCACUGGUGAAGAUCAAAUGCGGUCCUAGUUGGGGUACAGGUAUAAUAAUAAAUAAAGAUCGUGGUCUAAUUGUCACAAAUUCUCAUGUUUUGGAAGAUAUAGAUAGAUUCACAUGUCUGGUGCGAUUUAAAGAGCACCAAAGUACGGGAAAACUGAUAUACAAAACUAGUCACGAAGUUUAUGAUAUUGGACUAAUAUCAUGCGACGAUCUUCGUAAAUGGAAUGUGUCCAACAUUAAAAUUGCUCAAAUACAUCCUUCUAUCGGAGAGGAGAUUUACGCAGGAGGCUUUUCAUUAUUCUCCGAUGAAUUCGGUGGUUCCCCUACAAUAUCUAAAGGAAAUAUUAGUCAUGUUCAAAAAUAUAUGAUAAAAACUACUGCAAAUAUUAAUGCCGGUGCCAGUGGCGGAUGCAUUUUAAAUGAGAAUGGAGAAUUAUUGGGCAUUAUUGUGUCAAAUAUUAAACUACCUGAAAAUUCUGUGUAUCCAAGAGUCAACAUGGCGAUACCAAUUUCUGAAGUUAAGCCUAUCCUUGAUCUAUAUAUGACACACAAUGAUUCAGGCUGUUUAAAAAAAUUAGAAAUUGAUGACAUUAAAAUUGUAUCGGAGUGGAAAAUGCUUAAGGGAAAAUUGUAAUAGGGUUUCCUAUAUUUUACUUAUAUUAUAUUUUGAUAUUAUUUUAAAUUGAUAAAAUUAUUUAAAUGUAAAUAAGACUCGUUUUAAGUAAUAAAGUUCACGAAACUACA